CUGUGCGCAUGCGCGGCCCACUGAGUGCUGAUGGCGUAAAUAUGGCCACUGGUAUCAUCAGCUUGCAGCGCAGCAGAGCCUAAAGCUGCCGCUAUUUGCUGCAGAAACCACCGACUUUCAGCUGUCUCUCACCCGCUGCAGCUAGUCAGAACACCCGGGGCCAGAUGUCUGUGGCCAAUGCAAAACACACGGUUCUGGAUCCGGUGAUCCCAUACACAGGUCCCAUACCUGGAGGCCUGCACCCAGGAGAGAUCAUCAUCAUCCAGGGAACUGUACCACCAAAUGCUGACAGGUUUCAGGUGGACCUGUCAAGCGGCUGCAGCACCAAACCACGCUCUGACGUCGCCCUCCACUUCAGCCCUCGCUUCAAUGACUCCCUCUGUGUGGUGUGCAACUCCCUGCUGCAGGAGGAGUGGGGAAAAGAGGAGAUACUCCACCAGCUGCCCUACAAACGCGGAGCCCCCUUCGAAACCAUCAUCCUAGUGCACAAGAAUGGUUUUAAGGUGGCAGUAAACGGUUCCCACCUACUGGAAUACAAACACAGAAUUCCUUUGAGCAGGGUCGACACGUUUUCUAUUUCUGGCAAUGUCAGGGUCCACGCUAUUGGCUAUAUCCCAAACUCGGCAAUAUAUUCAGAAUCAGGUGAUUUGGGUCUUCCUUAUAAAGGCAGUAUACUCCAAGGACUGAGCCCUGGGCAGCAUGUCACAAUAAAAGGACAGGUCAGCAUGUACCCCCACAGUUUCACUGUCAACCUCUGCAACAGCAAGGCUGAGAACAUUGCUCUCCAUCUAAACCCCCGGAUGAAGUUGGGCGUCUUCAUCAGGAACUCCUACCUGGAUGGAUCCUGGGGUCAAGAGGAAAGGGAGCUGCCCUUCUUUCCCUUCUCACCAGGCGAAUAUUUUGAGAUCCUCCUCCUCUGUCAGCCCCAUCAGUUCAAGCUGGCAGUGAAUGGGUCUCACUUGUUCGCGUAUAGGCACCGGGUUCAGGACCUGAGCAGCAUUGACGAGCUAGAGAUCAUGGGAGACCUGGAGCUCAGUGAUGUGAAGCUGUGGUGACUGGAAGCUAACACAUUAUAUUCUGGUUGGUCAGUGCUCAAUUAGCUUACAAUGACCCAGAUGAUGGACCCUGAACAUGGAGGAACGUGCGAGGACUUCAGGUCUGAGUUUCAGUUCUAAGCUAAUCUAGCACUGUUACUGUGGUUGAUGGGGUUUGUAGUCCUAAUUGGACAUAUUGAUGGAUGACGGAAACCAGGCUCACUUUAGGUGUCCCUUUCUGAUCCUGAUCGAAUCUGCUGUUUUACAGCCUCUUUAGUAAAACAGGACACAUGUAAAUUUAAGCACUUAAGCUUCGACUUUGCUUAUAAUAUAAAUUAUAUGCAAGUCUUAAACUGAGACAAUGAAUGAAAUUUAUGUUCCUUUCUUUUGUUCAAUACAGAACAAAAAGUGAAAGAACUGAUCUCAUCUUUGCACCAUUAAUGUGCAUGAUUGUAUUUUACAUUUCAUAAUAGUAUUAUUUGAUCAAAAACGUAAUUCUCUAACUUACAAAAGCCAAUACCUUAUCCUUUUUAAAUUAAUCAAAUGUCUGUGGUCCAGGGUAAAUAUUCCAGUAACCUAACAAAUCUCUAACUAAGAUUUAAUAAUUCUGGAUUCUCUGUAUUGCUUUCUGUAGUGAAGAAUGGAAAAUAGCCCUUGUAUCCUCCUGGUUUUGAUAAAUAAAAGACAAAUAAAAUGUCUGACAUUG